CCGCCCCUGAUCUUAUGACCCGAGCUGAAGCGGCGAGUCCGGGAUUUUGCAGCGUUGUGGUCGGUGGUCCACUCAACUGUACCCCCAAUUCCAGCGAGUCUCUAACGUAGUGUUGCCGCUCCUGUGGCCGCCGCCGCCUCCUGCUCUGCGGCGUCAUGGUGUGCUUCCGCCUCUCCCCGGUUCCGGGCUCGGGGCUCGUUCUGCUCUGUCUCGUUCUGGGAGCUGUCUCAUCUUAUGCAUUGGAACUCAAUUUGACAGAUUCAGAAAAAGCCACUUGUCUUUAUGCAAAAUGGCAGAUGAAUUUCACAAUACGCUAUGAGACUACCGGCAAAACGUUUAAAACUGUAACCAUUUCAGACCUUGGCACUGUAACAUAUAAUGGAAGCAGCUGUGUGGAUGAGCAGACUGGUCCCAAAAUAGCAGUGCAAUUUAGAUCUGGUUUUUUCUGGGUUGUGAAUUUUACUGAGGAGGCAACUUCUUACUUAAUUGACAGCAUCUCAUUUUCCUACGACACUAGUGAUAACACGACAUUCCCUGAUGCCAAAGAUAAAGGACUUAUUACCGUUUCUGACCCUGUGGGAUUGAAAAUUCCAUUGAAUAACAUCUUCAGAUGCAAUAGUUUAUCAACUUUAGAAAAGAAUGAUGUUGUCCAGCACUACUGGGAUGUUCAUGUACAAGCUUUUGUCCAAAAUGGCACAGUGAGCACAGAAGAGUUUCUGUGUGGGAAAGAUAAACCUUCAACUACAGUGGUGCCCACCAGUCCCACCACUGUGCCAUCUCCUACUAUGACACCCACUCCACAGGAAAAACCACAGGUUGGAUCCUACUCAGUUCAUAAUGGCAGUCGUACUUGUCUUCUGGCUACCAUGGCGCUGCAGCUGAACAUCACCCAUGAUAAGGUUGCUUCCAUUAUUAACAUCAACCCCAAUAAAACUAACUUCACUGGCAGCUGCCAUCCUCAAACUGCUCUACUUAGGCUGAACAACAACAACAUUAAGUAUCUUGACUUUGUCUUUGCUGUGAAAAAUGAAAACCGAUUCUACCUGAAGGAAGUGAAUUUCAGCAUGUAUUUGGUUAAUGGCUCUGUUUUCAGCAUUUCAAAUAACAGUCUUACCUACUGGGAUGCCCCACUGGGAAGUUCUUACAUGUGCAACAAAGAGCAGACUGUUUCAGUGUCUGGAGGAUUUCAGAUAAAUACCUUUGAUCUAAGGGUUCAGCCUUUCAAUGUGAUGGAAGGAAAGUAUUCUACAGCCCAGGAGUGUUCGCUGGAUGAUGACACCAUUCUAAUACCAAUUAUAGUUGGUGCUGGUCUUUCAGGCUUGAUUAUCGUAAUAGUGAUUGCUUACCUAAUUGGCAGAAGAAAAAGUUAUGCUGGAUAUCAGACUCUGUAACACUAAUCCACAUGUGAUCUCUGUUAUAAAAUAAUAAAGCAAGUACAAGUUCCAACAUGCUAUACUGUUCAAUUUCAGGUAUAUUUAGUUGUAGUUCUGAUCUUAUAGCUGGUAUGGUGGAUUUCGACUUAAAUAGAAACACCUCCAGAACAACAAACUACAAAUUGGUCACAUGAUUUUGGUGUCCCCAAUCAAAGAAUUUAAAGCUGUUAUUUCUACAGCAAAAGGCACAUGCAAAAUCACUGGAUUAUUUGUUCUAUUUUAUUGUAUUGAAUUAGAAUUUGUGUUUUCACUUGAGAUAUACUGACUAUGCAGUUUAGGAAAAACAGUUUUUAAAAAGAUUUUUUCCUGCAUGUAGUUAAAUUGAGACAGCAGUGGAUUUGUACUUGCUCCUUUUGCAUUUUUUGUGAUUUUGUUUGCAGGCUAACUUAGCUACUCUGGCAUUGCUGCAUGUUUGACCUACGAGAGGAUAUGUCAGUAGAUUUGAACAGGGGCUAGGAUUACUAUGUUCUUAGCAGUGAAUGCUUUCCUAAUGCCUUUUGAAUAUAUUUGUAUUUAAUGUGGCUGUAUUGACAGAAGAUAGAAAAGCUUUUUAAAUGUUAGAAUAGGUAUUAAUUUUACUGUUUAAUCCUUUGGGGAAAAAAACCCCUGGAUUUUCAGUGUUUUAAAUUGCAAGAUGCAAGACUAUUCCAACUGGGCGCUUCUGUCCAUUUACUAGGCACUUGAGAGGUAAUUGCAAGGCAAUGCCAAUUUGGGACAUUAGUCCUUUGUACCUGUAAAUUGGCCUGUACAUGCAGUGCUCCCAUUAAAUGUAGGUUUUUCUUUAGCCUUCCAGUGUCCUUGUUGGUGGUAGUGUUUUCUUUUCCUCUCCUCUCCCCUCUACUCCCCUCUCCUCUCCUCUCCUCUCCUCUCCUCUUUUUUCUUUUCUUCUUUUCUUUUCUUUCUUUUUUUUCCUUUCCUUUCCUUUCCUUUCCUUCCCCUUUCCCUUUCCCUUUCCAUUUCCCUUUCCCUUUCCCUUUCCCUUUCCUUUCUUUUUCUUAAAGAAGAAAUGCCAAUAUGAACUAGAACCUAGAUAUAAAAGGGAGCUUAGACUUACAAAGGAACUUGCACCUAACCCAAAAAUCUUGGUCCUCUCUUUGUCCAUUAAAAAGUUGUUCCUUGUUUCUAGCUUGCAUCCAUUGCUACAAUAUUUACUAAUUUGGCUUUCACAUUUAAAUGGUUCUGUGCUAAUCAAAACUUACAUUAUUAUUGUUCAUUAUGGUAGAGUCAUUAUUAAUUCAUGUACUUUGUGUUCAGUUUUGUGCCCUGGGCAGAUGCACCAAUUAUCCAUUUACCGUGCACCAUCUAAUGUUUAUAUCAGAAAGCAAAACUUUUCAGCUGGAUAGUUAACGUAUCAAGCAUUUCUUGCUGCUUCCAGAUUUCUUUUUGUAUUGGAAUGGCUGAGGAAAUACUAAAAAAUUGUUAAUAUGCGGCCAUAUAUGGAAGGCUCUUGUGUUUUUUUGGGGGGGUAGGUAGAUUAUUAUGUUCCCCUCACCCCAAUUCACUAGAAAAUGAGAUAACUGGGUUCCAAGGUAGUAUUGAUGUUGAAUUUGGUAGUCUAGAUAUAAACAUACACUUGCUCGCUCUCUCUCACACACACACAGAAGCAAUGCAUGUUAGUAUGUGUAUGUCUAUAACUAUCUUUUGAGUUGUAGUGGAGUGACGAAUACUUUUUCUCCCACUCACAUUUACUGUCUGUUUAGAGUAGCCUGAAAAUCUUACUGGCUCAGAAUCAGAUUCCUGACUAGCCCCGCUCUUAAAGCUACAUUGAGCUGCAUUGCCAGCUUAAGGCACUUUUUAAAGAUUAUAAAUCUUGAGUUUUAAAAAUUAUUUUUUACUUAAAUAGUGUUUUAGUUUAAGAUUGUUAACCUUAUAAGAAUGAAUAAUGCUUAUAAGAAUACAGGCUUUAGAUGUUUUUCAUUAGUCAAAACAAAGCAGCUUUUUAAAAAAAAUAAGCACAAAUGGGUGGCACUGGCUUAACACUGUUAAUGUUUCUAAAACUUUCUACAUUUAGAUUAUAUACCUGAUUUAUAUUAAAAUACCUCUAAAUUAGCACUGUUUUAUAGAAAAUCUGACUUCAUUGAAUAUUUUUGUAUUUUACAUGGGCCAGUUUAUAUAUUAUUAUUUACACUGUAGCUAUAUGUUCUUUGUACCUUUUGUAGUUUUCUUUGUUUUACUGGGUAUAUACCUUGAUGGUCUAACACUAUUUGGUUCUAGGUGUUUUUCAUGUUUUAGCAUUUAUAUAAAAAACUGGUCCAUGUAAAUACGUUCAUAUAUUUUCUCAAAUGUUUAAACCAUUAGCUGAUGUAUGGUAUUUCUCUUUAGAUAUUUGCCUGUCCGUUUGCUCAACAUACUGCUUCUAAAACAAACAAUAAAGAUUCUUUUAUUUCUUAAGGAAA